AUGACGGUCUCGCCUCCCGGUUCGCCCACGGCUACGCCGCAGCGGCCUUUCAGUGGUAUCAUGCGGACCCCGCGGAGUAACAGCCGUUUGAGUAUGAGCAGUAAACUUGGUGGAGGAAGUCGGGCGUCUGACGAGGAUGGGAAGACAGCGGUCAAAGUCGCGGUCCGGGUACGACCCCCGCUAAAGCCCGCCGAUCCUGGGUACGAAUUGGUUCCGCAACGUUUCCAGCGAUCUAUGGUUCAUGUCAUGUCGCCGACGAGUCUCGCGGUCGAUGUCCCACAAGGUCGGAAGUUGUUCGUGUUUGAUCGAGUCUUUCCUGAAACUACGGAUCAGAAUGGCAUAUGGGAAUAUCUUAGCGACAGCGUGAGCUCGUUUGUCCAAGGCUACAAUGUUUCCAUUUUGGCCUACGGCCAGUCGGGCGCCGGCAAAUCAUACACCAUGGGAACGUCUGGCCCCAGCGAGCAACACGACACACAGUCAAUGGGAAUCAUCCCUCGCGCGGCUCAACUCCUAUUUGAGAAACUGGACGGCCCGGCUAAGCAUCAUCGCAACAGUUCGACUGGUCUUCGCACACCGGCGCGAUACUCGAUCAGCUCUACUUCCAGUUUCGGGCGGGCAACUGCCGAAAAGAACUGGCAAUUGAAAGCCAGCUAUGUGGAAAUCUAUAACGAGCAAUUGCGAGAUCUUCUCCUCCCUGAAUCAACACCUAUGAGUGAUCGCGGCUCGGUAACGAUUCGCGAGGAUGCCAAAGGUCGCAUCAUUCUGACUGGACUGCACCAAGUCAAUAUCAAUUCAUUCGAGGAUCUGAUGAACGCCCUGAGCUUCGGUUCCUCGAUUCGCCAGACUGAUUCCACCGCGAUCAACGCAAAGUCCUCCCGAUCCCACGCAGUCUUCAGUCUAAAUCUUGUCCAACGUAAAUCAACAACCUCAAUUACAUCUCCUAGAGAGAAACGGAUGUCCAUGCCGGUCGAGGUACUUUCCGGCUCGGAUGCUUCCGUCACGGUCGACAGCAAACUGCACUUUGUGGAUCUGGCAGGAAGCGAGCGGCUGAAGAACACCGGUGCUUCCGGGGAACGCGCAAGAGAGGGUAUAUCCAUCAACGCUGGUCUAGCCGCCCUGGGCAAGGUCAUCUCUCAGCUUUCUUCCCGUCAAUCGGGCGCUCAUGUCUCCUACCGCGAUUCGAAGCUCACCCGACUACUCCAAGAUUCCCUCGGCGGCAAUGCUUAUACAUAUAUGAUUGCUUGUGUUACGCCUGCGGAAUUCCACCUCAGUGAAACUCUGAACACUGUCCAAUAUGCCCAGAGAGCGAGGGCUAUCCAGAGCAAGCCACAGAUCCAGCAUAUUGCCGACGAAAGCGACAAGCAUGCAGUGAUUGAGAGGCUCAAGGCGGAAGUUGCUUUCCUGAGACAACAGAUCCGUAUCGCCGAGGACAAUGACCGACGAGGUGCUGCACCGCAAGAGAGGGCUGAGCGUCAGAAUGAGAGGGAGAAGGAGCUUCAGAACCAACUGCUUGACGUACAAGAGAGUUAUAACGCGCUGAGUCAACGCCAUGCCAAACUCAUUUCCGAACUCGCUCGCGAUUCGGAGCACUCUGCCAAUGGAGAGGCAGAUGACGUUGCCUCGGCUGUUGGCAAGAGCUCUGUUGAGCGACUGAAGCGGUCUCACUCUUUUGCCCAAUCCGUCGAACAGGUCGUUCUUGAGUAUGAAAAGACCAUUCAAAGCCUUGAAUCCUCCUUAUCCAACACACGCUCCUCCUUGGCGGUGACCGAGAGCACUCUUUUGGAACGUGAGACCAAAUGCGCCUAUGUCGAGACUGUCAAUGCCCAACUGCAAGCGCGCAUCCAGAAAUUUGUGGACCGUGAGACCAGCACGGAAACCUAUCUGCACGAGCUGGAGUCUCGGCUUGAUGGCCAGUCUUCGGGCGAGGAGAAAUACACCGCUAUCAUUGCGGAGCUACGCAAAGAACUCAGCCGUGCGCGCGAAAGCGAAGCGGGAUGCGAAGAAUACAUUUCGACAUUGGAGGAGCGGCUCGCGGAAGCCGACCAAGACAUGGAGCUUAUGCAGCGAGAGGUUGAGCGCUUGGAACAUGUGAUCGAGCGUCAGCGGAGUCUCGGCAAACUCGAUAGCCUUCUCCAUGAGUUGGACCACAUCCACCAGAAUGGCGCCAAUCACGAGGAAAUCGAGGAAGAACCCGAGUCUCCUUCUGCUGCCUUGAAGAGCACCCGCAAUUCCCGCCAGAGGGCCACCACUUUAGAAGUUUUGACUGAAGCAGCCGAAACGGCGAUUCCUGAAUCAGAUGAGGAUCUCGGAGAAACGGUUCCAGACAUUGAAGAAGAAUCAAGCGGCGAAGCGGCGACAGCUGCCCAGGUUAAUGGCUCUGAUUUGGAGGUUUUGGAAAGGGUAACAAGCCGUUUAGAGUCCGAACCCAAUGCAGAGCCUCGAGCCCAGACACCUAGCCUUACCGAGUCGAAGAUCGUUGCUGAUAAGCUUGAGACCGUCUCCCAAGAGCUCUUCGACCUGCGCCUGCAGCACGAGAACACCGUGAACCAAUAUGAACUGCUGGAGGCCAAAUAUGAAGAGGCAAUCAGGGCUUUAGCCGAACUGAAACAGGACGCUGCGGACGAAGCGCGCCAUCCGGCUUCUGCCGUCCAGGGACUCGUUUCCCCAGUCACAGCCUCUCGACCGGUGUCUUUUUUAGAGGAUGCGAAGGCCCCCGACUCGAAGAGUGGAAAACAACACUCGUUCUCGCAAUCACUCUCCUCGGAAUUUUCCUUGGUCGGGGAGCCUGCUGCUUCGCAAGAACCCUCUAACGGCCAUUCUGAGCCCGCCUCAGAAAUUCAUGAGGACUCGCAGGCGUCCCAAAGUGAGACGAACUCCCUUGAAAUGGAGCACAUGCGUCAGCUGCUCUCUGAGCACCAGGAAGGUGUUCACCUUAUGACCCAAAAGUAUGCCGAGCUGCAGGCCGAGCAUGAAGGUGCCCUUGCUCUGGUAGAGACGCUCAAAGUGGAGCUUCAAAAAUCCAAAUCUGCCUCCCCGCCAACAACCCCGGGCUUCAAGUCGAAUGUCAUCCGAAGGAAAACCAGCCAGAGCCUCAUGUCGACGGUGGAUCGUGCGCAUCGCUCCCUUGCUGCUCUGAGGAACAUCGCAGUAGAACAAUUCGAAGGCCAGCCCGACACAAUGCAGAACUUCGAGGUUCAUCUUGACUCGGCGAUGCAUGAGCUGCACUCGCGCAUGGAACGAAUCCAGUCCUUGGAGGCAGAAAACCAGAGCGUAAAGAAAGAAAUGGAGAUGAAGGCGACGAUCAUUUCUGGCCUCACCCGUGAGAGGUCCAGCUUGCAAGGGGGCACACCUUCCGUCGACAUGGGCCUCGUCUCCCAAUUGCGCGAUCAGGUAGUCCAGCAGGAGAACCUGAUCAACGAGCUCAGGGAGGCACACGAGUCGCGUGAAAAGAAGCUGCUCGCCGAGAUCGCGGAAUUGAAGGAUCUUCUGAAGACUCAGGAGGCAGCUGCCAAAGCCCAAGAUGCGCAUGCGGAAGAGCAAGACAAGAAGAUCGACGACCUUGAAGGCGAAUUGGCGGAGUGGAAGAGCAAGCAUCAGAACGCCUUUGAAUCCUUGCAGGCUUCCGAGCAGCAACUCAGUGCCACCUUGGCUGACUUGGAUAAGGCCCUGGCAACUGCAGAUGCCAUGCGCUCAGAGCGUGCUGCUGUGGACGAGACCUCUGCCGCGAAGGAGGCUGCUGCCAGAGAGCUGGAGAUCGAGAGAUCACAGCAGCAAAAGCUGGUUGAGAGCUUGAAGAAGAAGAUCGAAGAGCACGAGGCUACCGCCGCUGCCCAUCUCGAGAAGAUUGCUUCUCUCGAGCAAUCGCACAAGACGGCGCAGGGGCAGCUGUCAGAUCUCGUCGCGACCAAUGACAGUACCAGCACUGAGGUUGAAGGGUUCCAGUCGCGUGUGUCUGAACUGGAGCGGGAGGUUGAGCUCCACAAGUCGACUGCUGAUUCUCACAGGAGGGACCUCGAGUCUUUGCAAGAAUCACACAAGAAGGAAUUGGCGGAACUUGAGGCGCGUGCUACCGCGGCGGCGCAGGCUGAGUAUGACUCGCGGAUUUCAGAGAAGAGCGCCGAACACGAAGCUGCGAUGAAGAGUCUGAGAUCUGAAAUUGAGACAUCACGUAAUGAGCUGUUGCAACUGCUUAAGGUAGUUUCGCAACUGAUCCAUUCCGAUGUCACCGCGGACAACCUCGCAGACCAGAUCCAGGAUAUCCUCACGCAAAAGCAACACUUUUCCGACAAGUAUGCCGAGCUGAUAGAUGCGAACGAAGAUCUUCGCAAGCAGCUCGAAGCUAAGGACAGCGAGGCCAACAAGUUGGAAGAGCUUACCCAGCGCGAGGCGGCCAAGGAUGCGAAGGUGAACGAGCUUGCCAUUCUCGUCGCCACGCUUGAAGAUACCCUUCAGCGUAAGGACGAACAGGUCAAGAAGAAGGAUGCGCUCAUCGAGGAGAUCACCGCCGAGAAAGAAAAGAGCCUGCGUCUGGUGGAGGAACUCGAGGAACAGAUCACCAACAGCUUCGACCAGCACCACAACCGGCUCUCCGUCAUCCAGCAAGAGCGCGAUCAGGCCUUGGAAGACGCCAAGGUCAAGAUCGCGACGUAUGAGAAAGAGAUUGAGACCUAUCGCGUGCGGAUUGAACAGCUCGAGCUUCAAAUCAAGAAUGGUACCAGUCAGGAUGGUUCGCAUGACCGCAGCAGCUCUUUGACCUCGAAUCUUCGGAAGAGUUCAUCGGCAGCCUCUCUUCCCUCGCCGCCACCUGCCAUUCCCCUCCCGCCCCUGCCGACUAUACCGUCUGCCACCAACGGUAGUGUCUCUCCUCCAAGCUCUCGCCACACCAGCAAAGAACUGGUCAGUGUGCAGAUUGUCGAAGACCAGGAGGCCCGUAUCCGCACGAUAGAAAAACACCUCAAUGCGGAGAAGCAACUGACUGCCACGUUGGAAGAAGCUCUGGGCGACCUUGAAGCGCAGAGCAACAAGGUCAAGACCGACUGCGAGGCCUGGAAGAAGAAGGCAUGGCAACUGGAGGAGGAGUUGACGACCCUCCGCAAGGAGCGCAACUCGCAGCGCCUCUCGCUUCAGGCCGUCGAGGAAGAACGCAAUGCCCGCCGCGAAGCCGAGGCUGCUCGAGCCCAGCUUGAAGAGCGGAUGAAUGCGCUGAACAAGAAGAAGAAGAAGAGCACGCUCAAUUGUUUUUAA